GAGCCGCCACUGGGCUGCGUCCCCUCCCGGGAACCCCCUCCCUUGGAUGCUCUUUGAAGUGGGAGAGGGAGGCGGCCCAGAGGCGGGACCAGAGGGAGGCAGAGCCCCGCGUCUCUGCGAGGCCCUCCCCGCGCAGCGCACCUGGCGGCCCAGGGUCCCGUCUGGUCUGCAGCGUCUGCCUGCCAGCUCUCACCCCUUUCUCUGGGAGGACAACCUGCUGACCCCAGGCCAGGAUGGAUGGUGGACAGUGGUGCUCAUGUUGGGCCUGGUGCCUGCUGGCCCUGGCAGCUGUGGCUGGAGGUGCAGCGUCCACUGAGGCCUCGGACAACAGCCUGGAGGGGGGUGCCGAUGCCACCGCUUACUGGUGGGGGGAGUGGACCAAGUGGACGGCGUGUUCCCGCAGCUGCGGGGGUGGGGUGACGUCCCAGGAGCGACACUGCCUGCAGCAGAGGAGGAAGUCUGCCCCAGGUGCGGGCAACAGGACCUGCAUGGGCACAUCCAAGCGAUACCAGCUCUGCCGAGUGCAGGAGUGUCCAGCAGACGGGAGGAGCUUCCGGGAGGAGCAGUGUGUCUCCUUCAACUCCCGCGUGUUCGACGGGCGGGUGUACCAGUGGAAGCCCCUGUACCCCGAUGACUACGUCCACAUCUCCAGCAAGCCAUGCGACCUGCACUGCACGACGGUGGACGGCCAGCGGCAGCUCAUGGUCCCCGCCCGUGAUGGCACGUCCUGCAAGCUCACUGACCUGCGAGGGGUUUGCGUGUCUGGAAAAUGUGAGCCCAUCGGCUGUGACGGGGUGCUCUUCUCCACCCACACACUGGACAAGUGCGGGGUCUGCCAGGGCGACGGGAGCAGCUGCACCCACGUGACGGGAAACUACCGCAAGGGCAACGCCCACCUCGGUUACUCUCUGGUGACACAUAUCCCAGCUGGUGCCCGGGACAUCCAGAUCGUGGAGAGGAAGAAGUCUGCUGAUGUGCUGGCUCUUGCUGAUGAAGCUGGCUUCUACUUCUUCAAUGGCAACUACAAGGUGGACAGCCCCAAGAACUUCAACAUCGCGGGCACCGUGGUCAAGUACCGGCGGCCCAUGGAUGUCUACGAGACGGGCAUCGAGUACAUUGUGGCACAGGGGCCCACCAACCAGGGUCUGAAUGUCAUGGUGUGGAAUCAGAACGGCAAGAGCCCGUCCAUCACCUUCGAGUACACGCUACUGCAGCCUCACGCGCACAGCCGGCAGCAGCCCCUCUACUUCAGCUUCCCCGGACCCGCCUCGGCCAGCGCGGAGAGCCAGGAGCUGGGCCCUGGGCGGCUGGGCUUGGCGCGGCACAAUGGCUCGCUCUACAGCCAGGCCUCCGCCCAGCCACUGGGCCUGGGCCACGGGUUGUUCAGUGCCACGGGCCCCGCGGUGGAGCUGGGCCUGCGCAGGGGUCAGGAGACCAACGACGUGUGCCAGCCGGCCAGUGGCGGGACGUGCGAGGGGCCCCUGAGGGGCGAGGGCUUCCAAGACCAUAACAUCACGGGGACUGCUCUCUCGGGUGACAAGGAUGACCAAGAGGUGGACACCCGUUUUACCUCGCAGGAGCUCCUCUCUGCCAAUGCCAUCUCUGACCAGCUCCUGGGCACAGGCUCUGACUCUAAGGGGUUCACCCUCAACGAGACCAUGAACAGCAUCUUUGUCCAGGGCGGCCCUCGGAGCCCCUCUGCCGACAGCCUCUAUCUGGACUUCGGGGACAGUGAAGAGGCUGCCCCCAGCCUGGUCAACGGGUCCUAUUUGGAGCUGAGCAGCGACAGGCUCUCCAAUACCUCCUCUGAGGCCCCGUUCCCCAACGCCAGUGCCAGCCUCCCCCCUGUGGCCGGGAACAGGACUCACAAGGCUAGGACCAGGCCCAAGGCGCGCAAGCAAGGCGUGAGUCCCGCCGACAUGUACCGCUGGAAGCUCUCCUCCCACGAGCCCUGCAGCGCCACCUGCACCACAGGGGUCAUGUCGACUUACGCCAUGUGCGUCCGCUACGACGGGGUGGAGGUGGAUGAUAGCUACUGUGACGCCCUGACGCGCCCGGAGCCCGUGCACGAGUUCUGCGCGGGGAGGGAGUGCCAGCCCAGGUGGGAGACCAGCAGCUGGAGCGAGUGCUCGCGCACCUGCGGCGAGGGCUACCAGUUCCGCAUCGUGCGCUGCUGGAAGAUGCUGUCACCCGGCUUCGACAGCUCCGUGUACAGCGACCUGUGUGAAGCUGCGGAGGCCGUGCGGCCCGAGGAGCGCAAGACCUGCCGCAACCCGGCCUGCGGGCCACAGUGGGAAAUGUCCGAGUGGUCCGAGUGCACAGCCAAGUGCGGGGAGCGCAGUGUGGUGACCAGGGACAUCCGCUGCUCCGAGGACGAGAAGCUCUGUGACCCCAGCACCCGGCCCGUGGGGGAGAAGAACUGCACGGGGCCCCCCUGUGACCGCCAGUGGACCGUGUCGGACUGGGGGCCGUGCAGUGGCAGCUGCGGGCAGGGCCGCACUAUCAGGCACGUGUACUGUAAGACCAGCGACGGACGGGUGGUCCCCGAGUCUCAGUGCCAGAUGGAGACCAAGCCCCUGGCCAUUCACCCCUGUGGGGACAAGAACUGCCCUGCACAUUGGCUGGCACAGGACUGGGAGCGGUGCAACACCACCUGUGGGCGUGGUGUGAAGAGGCGGCUGGUCCUCUGCAUGGAGCUGGCCAAUGGGAAGCCACAGACACGCAGUGGCCCCGAGUGCGGGCUGGCCAAGAAGCCCCCCGAGGAGAGCACCUGCUUUGAGAGGCCUUGCUUCAAGUGGUACACCAGCCCCUGGUCAGAGUGCACCAAGACCUGCGGGGUGGGAGUGAGGAUGCGGGACGUGAAGUGCUACCAGGGCACGGAUGUCGUCCGCGGGUGUGAUCCGCUGGUGAAGCCCGUGGGCAGGCAGGCCUGCGACCUACAGCCCUGCCCCACAGAGCCCCCAGACGACAGCUGCCAGGACCAGCCGGGUACCAACUGUGCACUGGCCAUCAAGGUGAAUCUCUGCGGCCACUGGUACUACAGCAAGGCCUGCUGCCGCUCCUGCAGGCCGCCCCCCUCCUAGCCGGGUCGCGGUGCCCCUGGAGACCCGAGCGCCCGCUGGAGCUGCUGUGGCUCCCGGGCCCCUCCCUGGACCCUCGUCCUGCAGGCACCUGGGUGCGAAGACCAAGCACCGACCUUGGCUGACCCUGUAGGGCUUUCUAUGGCCUGUGGGCCUCCACUCUGCCCGGUCCUGGGAGAGCCUCGGGCACCCACCCACCCUCCCCGGACAGAGCUGCCCGGCUGUGGGGAGUGGUACGUGGAGCCAUGAGGAUCCUGUGUUGGUGCCCCCCACCCCCAGCAGCCCUCCAGCCUAGGGGCCCAGAGUCCAAAGCCCAGCAUGGAGGUGAGACCUGCCCUUGGCCCAGGCUCUGCUCUGCCAUGGUGUGCCCUUCCCAAGGUGACCUACCCAGGCACCCAAGGGACACAGGCCUCCCAUUCCUCUAGUCACUGAGCGAGCUCCUUCCAGGGGACCCUGCCCCACGACCUAGCAUCAGCUUUCCGGGCCCCACAGGACCGAGCUCGGAGGGGCCGUGCACUUUGUGCCCUGAAGAGGCCCUCUUCCCACGGGCUCCUGGUCAUGGACAGUGGGUGUCCCUGCGAUCUCGUCAGUACUCAUUGGUGUAUGUUAAUAAAGUGGCC